AUGGCAUAUUCAGUCAGCUCCUAUUUUUCCAAUUUGUUCCGCAAAGUCUGGGUUCAGUCUGCAGGGGCUAAACCAGCCAAAAUUCCAUCUGUGAAGCCACAAAUUCAGCGUAUGAGUGCCAAGGAUCCUGCAACGACUUGCGAAGCUCUUGUUGCAAUCAUCGAGCGCGAUGGCGGCGUUAUAGUAGAGGAUCUCAUCUCUGCUGCCCUCGUUGCACAGAUCAAAUCCGACUUAGCACCACACUUCGACACUGACAAGGUGGACAAGUCGGGCUUCUUCCCUCGCACAACCCAGCGAGCGACUGGUCUACUGGCAAUUUCAGAUGCUUGCGUAGAGCUGGCUUUGAACCCUCUUUAUAACGCCAUCGCAAAUAAAAUGAUCUCAAGUACCUACACAUUUUGGGAUGCCCAAGUACAAGAAACUGUUACCAGCAAGCCGCAAAUCAGUAGCACCGUUGGAUUCAGGGUCAAUCCUGGAGGAAAGCAGCAAGGUCUCCAUAGAGAUGACAGCGACUACCACACAAGGAACUGCGAUAUGCCAGUCAUGAUGGGAUGCGUAACAGCCUUGACGAAGACGACGAAAGAGAAUGGAGCCACAAUAGUCAUCCCAGGAAGUCAUCUCUGGGGGCCCGAUAGAUGUCCAUAUGAUGAAGAAUCAAUACCAGCUGAGCUUGACCCUGGAUCCGCUCUGAUAUUUCUGGGGAACACGUACCACGCAGGCGGCGGAAACACUACGACUGAUCAAGCGAGAGAGACCGUGGGCAUAUUUCUAUGCAAAGGAUUCUAUCGCCAAGCCGAGAAUCAAUAUCUCAUGGUCCCGCCAGAGAAAGCGAAGAGACUCAGUCCUCAGGCGCAACGACUUCUCGGCUAUGGUAUUUCGUUGCCGUCGGUGGGGUUCAUGAAAUACCAGGAUCCUAUGAGAGUGCUGUUUGACGUUGAGGACGAAGAAACGGUGAAUAUGUAA